AUGGUGGAACCUGUGGAUAAAAGAAGAAAGCUCGAUGAAGCUCUUACAUCGAGUAACGGUUCAAGCUCAAAAUCUGCUCCAAAACCAUCAAAAAUCUACAGUCCUUUCAGAAUUAUCGGGAAUGUUUCUAAUGAUAUACCCUUUGCCAUUGGUACAUUAGGAUCUACAUUCUACAUAGUUACUUCAGUUGGGAGGUCAUUUCAAAUCUACGAUGCUGCUACUUUGCAUUUAUUAUUCGUUUCCCAAUCGCAGACUCCUUCUAGGAUUACAACAUUAACUGCCCAUUACCAUUAUGUAUUUGCGGCAUAUGGUAACUCGAUUGGAAUUUAUAAAAGAGGUAGAUUAGAACAUACUUUGACAUGUCCUACAAAUGGUACUAUAACUAAGGUGUUAGUUUUCGGUGAGUAUCUUAUAGCAACUUCAUCUGAGAGUGAAGUAUUUGUACUCAAAAAGCCAGCAGGAUCUAAAAUAGCUACCGAGUUAUACACCACUUUAAAGUCCAUAAACAGCAGUAUUGAUGGAGAUAUAGUGGGAUUGAUUCAUCCUCCUACCUAUUUGAAUAAAAUUGUUGUGGCUACAACUGGUCAUAUUUUAAUUUUCAACAUUCGUACCGGUAAAUUGUUAUAUAAGUCACCAGAUCAACAAUUUAUUGAAAAUAUUUCAUGUAUAGAGUCAGCUCCUGUUUUAGACGUUAUUGCAAUCGGAACAACCGUUGGAAGCGUCUUUUUAUACAACUUAAAGAAGGGCAAGAUUUUGGGUUCUAAAAUUGUUGCUGCAAGUCAAGAUGCUGUUGCUAAAGUUGUCUCCUUGUCAUUUAGAACUGAUGGAUCCCCGCACAUAGUUGCAGGUUUAAACAACGGUGAUUUAUUCUUUUAUGAUUUAGCUAAAGGUUCUCGUGUUCACAUUUUAAGAAACGCACAUAAAGAAGCACAUGGUGGUGUUGCAAAUGCUAAAUUCUUAAAUGGUCAACCAAUUGUAGUUACCAACGGUGGUGAUAACCAUUUAAAAGAAUAUGUAUUUGACCCAAGCUUAUCAGCAUCCAACUCGUCGAUCGUUUCCCCUCCACGUCAUUUAAGGUCAAGAGGAGGACAUUCUGCACCACCGGUUGCAAUUGAAUUUCCUAACGAAGACAAAUCCCAUUUCAUAUUGAGUGCCUCGAGAGAUAGAUCAUUCUGGUCAUUCUCUUUAAGAAAGGAUGCACAAUCUCAAGAGUUAUCUCAAAGACCUGUAAAGUCGAGCAAUGGGAAGAGACAAGCAGGUCCAGUUUCAAGCAUGAGAGAAAAAUUCCCUGAAAUCAUAUCAAUUACCUCGUCUCAAGCUAGGGAAGGUGAAUGGGAAAAUAUUUUGACUGCCCAUAAAGAAGAUACAUUUGCCAGAACAUGGGACUCAAAAAAUAAAAGAGUUGGUAGUCAUAAUUUACUGACUAUUGACGGAGGAAUUGUUAAGUCAGUGUGUAUUUCUCAUUGUGGUAAUUUUGGUUUAGUCGGUUCUGCAUUAGGGGGGAUUGGUGUAUAUAAUUUACAAUCAGGAAUGUUGCGUAAAAAGUACAUUUUACACCGUAAUAAAGCGGUUACUGGUCUUGCAAUCGACGGUAUGAACCGAAAAAUGGUUAGUAGUGGGUUAGAUGGAAUAGUUGGAUUUUACGAUUUUACUCAACUGAAAUAUUUAGGUAAAUUACAAUUGGAGGCACCUAUUACUUCGAUGAUUUAUCACAAGUCUUCAGAUUUAAUUGCAUGUGCAUUGGACGACUUAUCUAUAGUCAUUAUUGAUGUCGUGACUCAAAAGGUCGUCAGAGUAUUAUACGGUCAUACUAAUCGUAUAACAGGUAUGGACUUUUCGCCUGACGGUAGAUGGAUUGUUUCUGUUGCUUUAGAUGCUACUUUAAGGACUUGGGAUUUACCGACAGGUGGUUGUAUUGAUGGUGUUAGAUUGCCUAACGUUGCAACUACUGUAAAAUUCUCACCAAUUGGUGAUAUGUUAGCCACAACCCAUGUAUCUGGAAACGGUAUUUCAUUGUGGACCAAUAGAGCACAAUUCAGACCAAUUUCUACUAGACAUAUCGAAGAAGACGAGUUUUCAACUAUGCUUUUACCAAAUGCAUCAGGUGACGGCGGUUCAACUGUUUUAGAUGGAGCAUUAAAUGAAGAUGACUCUGAUGUCACGGAGGCAUCGGAAACAUAUUCUUCCUUAGAUCAAAUUGAUGAAUCUUUGGUUACUUUAUCAUUGGGUCCGCGAGAAAAGUAUAAUACAUUGUUGCAUUUAGACACUAUCAGACAACGUAAUAAACCAAAGGAAGCACCAAAAAAGCCAGAGAAUGCUCCAUUCUUUUUGUCUUUAUCUGGAGAGGCUGUUGGUGAUAGGGCUUCUGUAGCUGAAGCAGAGGGUAGUGCGAAAGGGUCUACCUCUCUUGAUGAAGAGGACGAAUCUAGUUCAAAAUUACAUAAAUUGAAGUCUAAUGGCAGUCAUUCCUUUGAGUCUAAGUUUACUAAGUUGCUUAGAGAAGGUAGCGAAGAAAAUGACUAUUCUUUGUUCUUGAAAUACUUGAUCAAUGCUCCUCCAUCUACUACCGACCUUGAAAUUAGGACUUUGAAUUCAUUCCCACCAUUAACUGAGAUGGCCAAUUUCAUCCUGGCCUUAUGUCAAGGAAUGCGUAAUAAUGAUAAUUAUGACUUAUACCAAGCAAUUUUUUCAUUAUUCUUAAAAACUCAUGGUGAUGUUGUUCACAACUUUAAAGAUGAAGAAGGUUUACAAAAUGCCCUCGAAGAAUGGAGUACAUUAAAUAACGAUGGCAAGGAUAGAAUGGACGAAUUAGUAAAAUACUCUUCCGCUGUCAUUAAUUUCUUGUCAACUGUUUAG